ACUCUGCUGGUCAUUUGUCCGUUUGUCCGGCAGGAUGGCCACACUCCGGCUGCUUCUGCUGCUGCUGCUGCUGGCCUGGAGCUGUGGAGGGGAGGACGUGGACGUGCUGUGUGCCGACAGUGCCUGCUAUACUUUGCACCGGGAUGAGAGCAGCUGGAAAAGCGCCCAGGAGCGCUGCGAGGGUAACGGGGGCAAUCUGGCGCCAGUGGGCAGCGCCGGCGAGGCCGCGCGGCUGCGGGAGCUGCUAGCCAGAGCCGACCGGGCCGGCCCGGCCUGGCUCGGCCUUGCCCUGCCCAGGGGUCACUGCGUGCGGCCGCAGGAGCCGCUGCGAGGCUUCUCCUGGGUGGCCGGAGGGGAGCCGACCAACUUCUCGGAGUGGGCAUCCGAACCGGCGGUCACCUGCGUGAGCGCCCGCUGUGUCGCCCUGCGGCCACCCGGCCCGCACGGCCCCGGCGGCUGGGCGGACCGCGCCUGCCGGAGCACGCUCCCGGCUUUCCUCUGCAAGUUCAGCUUCCAGGGAAUGUGCGGGCUCCUGCCGCUGGCCGGCCGCGGCACGGUCACCUACACCACCCCGUUCGGGGUGCGCAGCGCCCGCCUGGCCGCCGCUCCCUUCGGGACACUGGCCGAGGUGGAGUGCGACAGCGGCCGAGCCUCGGCCUUCGCCGUCUGCAAGGGGCCGCUAGACGGGGGUGGCUUCGCCUGGCACCCGUCGGGUCCCCUGUGCCCGGUCAACUGCGGUCACCACAACGGCGGCUGCCAGCAGCGCUGCCUGGAUGGGCUCGGCGAGUCCCCGCGCUGCGCCUGCCAACCUGGCUACGUGCUGGCCGCCGACAUGGCCUCCUGUGUUCCCGAGGAUUCCUGCCAUCCCAAUCCCUGCCAGGGAUCCUGCCGGGCGCUGCCCGGCGGCUUCGAGUGCGGCUGCGAGCCUGGCUACGCCCUGGCAGCCGACGGCCGCGGAUGCUCGGAUGUGGAUGAGUGUGAGUCGGGGCCGUGCCAGCACCAGUGCCACAACUUUCCCGGCGGCUUCCAGUGCCACUGCCGGCCCGGCUACAGCCCAGCGGGGCCCGCUGGCCACCACUGCCACGACGUGGAUGAGUGUGCCCAGCCCCACGCGUGCCCGCAGCUCUGCAUAAAUAUUCCCGGCUCCUUUCGCUGCGCCUGCCGGCCUGGCUUCCAGCGGCAGCCGGGAGGAGAGUCCUGCCUGGAUGUGGAUGAAUGCCUGCGGGAUCCGUGUCCCGGCGCCUGCCGCAACUUCCCCGGCGGCUACGAGUGCCUGUGCCCGCCUGGCUCCCUUCGGGACGCGGAUGGCCACGGCUGCAGCCCCGGAGACGCGAUUCCAAACAGUAUCCCACAGAGCUCCGGUAUCCCACAGAGCUCCACCGUCAUCCCACAGAGCUCCACCGUCAUCCCACAAAGCUCCGGCAUCCCACGCACCACGCGCAUCCCAUGGACCACGAGCAUUCCGCGUACUCUGGGAAUGCCCACCGCGGGACUGGGAGUCGGCUCGGACGAGCACAGCGCCGACGGCCCGCGGCUGCUGCUCUAUUACAUCGUCGGCAGCCUGGUGGCCAUCCUGCUCCUGCUGGCGUUCGCCCUGGCGCUCGUGGCUUGCAGGAAAAGGGCGGCCAAGAGGGAGAAGCCGCCGGCCAAAAACGCGGCCGAUAAUUAUUGCUGGGUGCCCGAGCAGCCCGAGAACCGCGGGGAGCGCAGGUAGGAGUGGGUUAAAAAUCCCAAUAAAAGGGUGGGAGGGAAUGCUUUGUACCCAAAGUGAGCUCCUCUGGCUGUUCCAGUGGGAUUUACAGUCCUGCUGCUCCAAGGGUUAACGAGAGGGGAGAGGGAAUGGGGUGGAAUUUGUCUCCUCAGGUCUGUUCCAAAAGGCAAAUUUGGAAUUGUGGGAUCAUGUUCCUAAAGGGAAACUUCUCACUUGGAAUCCUCCUGCAGUCCCUUGUACACUGCUCCCUCUGGAUUUUCCUCGUUCUCCUGGAAAAGGGUUUGAAGUCGGGAUGGGUUUGAAAUUGGAAUGUGCCUCAGCAGAGCUCGAACAGGCCCCUGCAGGCACAACCAGUGUGGGAUUUAAGGGUUACUUUUUAAAGGGUUUUAUUAAAAAUCUGUUACCUGAAACCAGGGAAAACUGCUUAUCACAGAGCCAAGGAAUGGCAUAAAGGUAGGAAAAACUGUGUUUGGAAUAACCACCUCCUUAUUUCCUGAGUAUCCUGCCUAAAUCCACUUCUAAACAGAGAAAACAAUGCUCUCCUUCCCAUCAUCCACAUGGGAGGCUGGGCUUUUCCUGUUGGAUCUUUUUUUUGGGGGGAAGAAUCCUUCCCAGCUCCAGGCUGAGUGUGUUUUCCCUCUUUCCCUGUGUAAGGAACACACUGGAAUUGGAAUAUUUGCUGAUUAUUCUGUGUAAAACUUGUAACUCCCAAAAAACUCUCUGGGCCAAGUUGCUCCCCAGGUACUUCCCAAAAUUCUUUGAGCCUCUUCCAGUCUUUCCAGUGGGAAUUCUCCUCAAUAUCCUGAGGGCCACAUCCAGCAGCACCUCCUUCAUGGUUUAUUUAUGCUAUGAAGGGCUGGAAAAGAUCAGCCACAGGAUUUGAAGGGUCCAGCAGCUUCCUGGGGUUUCUGUUUGAGUUAUUUUGUCCCUGGAGCUGAAUUGCUCCAGGAAUGGGAAUGGAACACAAAGGAGUUUGCAGUGGGUAGGGAGCUGCAUCCUGUCAUUCCAUGUGCUGAGGAAAACCCUUUCCUGCUUUUUUUUUUUUUUUUUUUUGUCUUGGGGCUCCAUUGUGAGCUGCAAACAGGAAAAUGGAGCUAAUAGGAAUGUUUUCCAUGUUCUGCCUGGGUUGAGAGAAAGGGGGGGACUGCAGCAGCAGGAUUCUUGGAAAUCCUGCUGAAAAUUCCCAAAUCCCAAGCCAGCAGAGCAUUAGGAGUAGCUGGAUCAAUGAAGGAAAUCCCAUGUAAUUAUGCCGGAUUGGGAUCUGUGGGAAGUGACAACCUUGGGGUUUUUUAAUGGGAUAUAAGGCUAUAAAAAAGGAAAAGGAAGGGUGAAGGUGGAAUCAGAGCUGGGAAAAACCUGAGGUGUGCUGUUUAUUCCCAAAAAAUUGUAAUCCUAAUUUCUGUUGCAACCUCUGUGUAUUCCAUUGGGAAAUGAUGAUGGAUCUAAGGGAAGACAGGAAUUUGUGCCAAGGUUUAGGCUGGAUUCUCCCUAAUGGAAUGUUUCCUGCUGUAGCAUCCUCCCUCCUGGUGCAAUUCCACCUGGAUUCAACCUUAUGUCUCAUUUUUCCUGCCACAUCAUGAUCUGUGGCCUCCUUAGGGAGUUGUCCAGGAACUGGUGAAUCCCACAAGUAGGAGCAAGAUAAUUUGGUGCCCUGUCUUCCAGAAGUGAUGGGAUGUUCAUCCUGCUCCUUGGAUUUUAUUUUAUUUUUUGUCAUGAAUGAGUGUUUUGCUUUCCCAGAAUGAAACUCCUGGAUUUACAACAUAAAGUUAUCCCAACACCUCUCUCCAGAUGCAAUUCCAAGAAAACUUGAACAAAAAUGUGUUUGUAGUGGGUUUUAAUAAAGAUAUUCCUAAAAAUC